AUGUCAUCUGAAGUAUCUCUGGAGGCGCAUGAACGGCCGACUUGGCUGCGUCGAGUGGCAGGUGGUUGCGCACGCGCGGCGUGCUCUCAAAUAGGGUUGGUGAUACUUGUGGUUGUGUAUGUACUACUUGGUGCGGUAUUGUUUGAGUAUUUGGAGUCGGGACCGGAGGUGCAGAAGCGGUCGGCAAUACAGAGGUCCAGGGAGGAGUGCUUGAAAGAGUUGUGGGCUAUAACAGUCUGGCUAGCGGACUCUAGACGAUCAUGUGGCAUGAAUUACAUGACUGUAAUUAAUCAUAUCUCUGCUGCGAAUGACAUGUAA